AUGUCUAGCUUCUUUAUCGAGAACAAGAACGUCGGCAACAAGGCCGAAAGCGAAGACUGGAGAAUUCGCGGCUACAACCCUCUGACUUCUCCCGACCUCCUCCAACAUGAAAUCGCCCAAACUACCAAAUCGAAGCAGACCGUCCUCCAGGGGCGUGAGGAGGCUGUUGCCAUUGUCAACGGCACCGACGAGAAGGAGAGACUCUUGGUCAUUAUUGGCCCUUGCUCGAUCCAUGAUCCUAAGGCCGCCCUCGAGUACUGCGAUUUGCUGCUCCAAGCCAAGGAGAAGCACAAGGAUGAGCUACUCAUUGUUAUGCGCUCCUACCUGGAGAAGCCGCGUACAACAGUGGGAUGGAAGGGCCUGAUCAACGAUCCGGAUAUCGACAACAGCUUCAAGAUCAACAAGGGACUGCGCAUGUCGAGACAGCUCUUCGUCGACCUGACAGACAAGGGUAUGCCCAUUGCCAGCGAGAUGCUCGAUACCAUCUCGCCCCAGUUCCUCGCCGACUUGCUGUCCGUUGGCGCAGUCGGCGCAAGAACCACCGAGAGCCAGCUGCACCGAGAGCUGGCCAGCGGUCUCAGUUUCCCUGUUGGUUUCAAGAACGGUACUGAUGGCUCUCUCGGAGUCUCUAUUGACGCUAUCGGCGCUGUCAGACACCCUCACCACUUCCUUUCCGUGACCAAGCCGGGCGUCGUCGCCAUUGUCGGCACCGUGGGCAACGAGGACUGCUUCACCAUUCUGAGAGGCGGCACCCGGGGCACCAACUACGAUGCCAAGAGCAUUGCGGAGGCCAAGGCCGCCUUGGAGAAGGCCGGUCUCCCCCAGAGACUCAUGGUUGACUGCAGCCACGGCAACUCUCUGAAAAACCACAAGAACCAGCCCAAGGUUGCUGCUGAUCUCGCUGGGCAGAUUGCCGGUGGCGAGACUGGUAUCAUGGGUGUGAUGAUUGAAAGCAAUAUCAACGAGGGCAACCAAAAGGUACCCAAGGAAGGCAAGGAGGGCCUGAAGUACGGUGUCAGCAUCACGGAUGCAUGCAUCCACUGGGACGACACUGUCACUGUUCUCGACCAGUUGGCCGAUGCCGUCAAGCAGCGUCGCGAGGUCCUUCGCAGGAACGGCCAUGCUUAA